UGUCAUGUGACUCGUUCACUGAGACAUGGCGUCCAGGCAAAACAAGAUGUUUGCCUCUGAAAUUCCCUCAAAGACCUUUAUCUUCUGUGUGACUUUAAUCGGACUGUGUUGCUUUUGUGCGUCCGCUGGAGCUGAAAUCCGAACAGCGAUCAUAGACAAACAAAGCGGGCAGCUGUCUGUCGUCAAAGGUUAUCAGGAAGAUUAUGUUGCCUGGGCAAACUUCACAGAUGACAUCAACACAACGGGCUGGUCCUUUUUGGAGGUCACAACCAGCAGUCGGUACAAUGACAGCAUCCAAGCUUAUGCUGCUGGUGCCGUUGAGGCUUCAGUCACUUCUGUGCUCAUUUAUAAACACUGGAUGAACACUCUGAUGGGGUACUGUGGGCCCUUCACGUCUGAAUUUGAUUACUGUGAGCGCCUUAAGACUUUUAUUUCAGCCAACCUUCAGUGGGUUCAGGAUCAAGUGGAGAAGCAGUCGGCUUCACCCUACUGGCACCAGGUGCAUCUGGCACUGCUGCAGCUUAAAGGUCUUGAAGACGGCUACAAUGACCAGCUGUACUUUCCUACUGGGCGCUUCAACCUCAAUCCACUUGGUUUUUUACUUUUCCAGAUGGGUGGAGAUCUUGAAGACUUGGAGUCAGCAUUGAAUAAAUCCAGCAAAACUCGCCUUCUUGGUUCUGGCUCCUGCUCUGCGCUCAUUAAACUGCUGCCAAACAAUAAAGAUUUGCUGGUGUCACAUGACACCUGGAACACUUACCAGGCCAUGCUGCGCAUUAUGAAGAAGUACAUCUUCGCCUUCAAAACUUCUCCAUUAGACAACGAUUCUCUUCCUGGAGGAACUCAGGCUUUCUCAUCAUAUCCUGGCUCCAUCUUUUCUGGAGAUGACUUUUACAUCUUAAGCAGCGGUUUGGUUACACUAGAAACCACCAUCGGCAACAGCAACCCUGCUCUCUGGAAGUUUGUCCGGCCGACGGGAACGGUAAUGGAAUGGCUGCGGAACAUUGUUGCUAAUCGGUUGGCAACUACAGGCCAGGACUGGGUGGAGAUAUUCAGCAAGUACAACAGUGGAACAUACAAUAACCAGUGGAUGAUUGUGGAUUAUAACCUCUUCACUCCAGGACAGACUGACAUUAAAGAUGGCCUCUUUGUUGUGUUGGAACAAAUUCCGGGACUUGUUGUAUACAGAGAUAAGACUCAGGAGCUCCUGAAGAACGGUUACUGGGCUAGUUACAACAUCCCGUACUACGUAGAGAUCUUUAAUGCCAGUGGCUGCAAUAAACUGGUGGAGAAGUACGGCCCCUGGUUCUCUCUGGAUCAGAAUCCUCGGGCUCAGAUAUUCAAGAGAAACCAGACUCAUGUCAUAGAUUUGGAAUCCAUGGUGCGCCUUAUGAGGUACAAUAACUUUAAAGCAGAUCCAUUGUCAAAGUGUGAUGGAUGUGAUCCGCCUCAGAAUGGGGAGAACGCCAUCUCAGCUCGUUCGGACCUCAACCCAGCUAAUGGGACAUACCCAUUUGGUGCCUUAAAGCAGAGACCUCAUGGAGGAACCGACAUGAAGCUGACCUCCUACGAAAUGUUCAGACAGUAUGGCAUGCUGGCAGCCAGCGGGCCGACCUGGGAUCAGGUGCCACCUUUCCAGUGGAGCACUUCUCCUUAUGAAGACUUGCUCCACAUGGGACACCCUGAUGUGUGGGCUUUCAAGCCUAUAAAAGUCACCUGGACACCUUGACUGGUUAAAUCAGUACUGAGUGAAAAUUUUAAGGUUAUGACAAAAGGGAAAUAAUGAGCUGGAAAAAAACAUUCUCUGUGAUUGUGUUGCAGUGUUGAUAUUUGAUUUUUUUCCCCCUCUUACUUUAAGACCUGUUUUUAUAGAUCUGUGUUUCUGAUAAAAUUUUAACAAAUUUUAAUGAUUUUUUUUUUACAUAUUUUUAAAUUAAAGAAUACCAUCAUUUUUGUUGCCCUUUUUAAAUGUGUGGUUUUAUAUACAACAUUUGGUCAGUAUAGGGCCAUCUCAGUAAAUUAAAAUCUUUAAAAAAGUAUUAUAGUAAUUGAAUUCAAAAGGUGAAACUCAAGAGUCUUUAAACAAAGAGAGAUUUUGCAGAAAUACAUUUCUCUUCUUUUUGCACUAUUUUCUUGUUAGAAGAAAGUCUUGGGUUUGAAUCCCUUUCUGAGGUUUUUGCAUUAAAUUUGCAUGUUGUGCUUG